UCCGGGUAGCACGGUUUCCGUUUUGUCCGGGGAAUGUUGAUAGUGGGACACCAUCUGCAUUUGUGCAGAAACUAGCUGUCUCAUACACAUGUUUACUUAUUUCAAGCGUUUUAUCCACAGAAGUACACUAACUAAUAUAAAUGAGUUGUAAAGGAGACUCAAAUGACUCUCCUUCCAAACGCAAAGUUGUGUAUGUCUAUAGUCCUCAAUACACCGAGACAUGCGACUCGCUAUCAAAAGUCCCCAACCGGGCAAGUAUGGUGCAUUCACUCAUAGAAGCUUAUGGUUUACUUCAACACAUGAGUGUUGUGAAGCCCCGUGUUGCGACCAGUGAGGAGAUGGCCAAGUUCCACACAGACGCCUACCUGGAGCACCUCCACAAAAUCAGCCAGGAUGGAGACAAUGAUGACCCCCAGUCCGGGGACUUUGGCCUGGGUUAUGACUGCCCGGUGGUGGAGGGUAUCUAUGACUAUGCUGCAGCGGUCGGUGGUGCCACCUUGACUGCUGCCCAGUGCCUGCUGGAUAAGAGGGGUGAGGUGGCGAUUAACUGGGCAGGAGGCUGGCACCACGCCAAGAAGGAUGAGGCAUCAGGCUUCUGUUAUGUGAAUGAUGCUGUGCUGGGGAUUCUCAAGCUGAGAGAGAAAUAUGAGAGAGUUCUUUAUGUGGAUGUGGACCUUCAUCAUGGAGAUGGUGUGGAAGAUGCCUUCAGUUUUACCUCCAAAGUGAUGACUGUGUCUCUGCACAAGUUCUCCCCCGGAUUCUUCCCAGGUACAGGGGACCUGUGUGACACAGGGAUGGGCAAAGGAAGAUGGUACGCUGUCAACGUCCCUCUGGAUGACGGCAUCAAAGACGACAGAUAUUUCCACGUCUUCACCAGUGUGAUGCAGGAAGUGCAGGCGUUGUUUAACCCAGAAGCAGUAGUGAUGCAGCUGGGAGCUGACACCAUGGCUGGGGACCCCAUGUGCUCCUUCAAUAUGACCCCUGUAGGGGUGGCCCAGUGUCUUGGCCACGUACUAGACUGGCACCUACCCACACUGCUGUUGGGAGGAGGUGGGUAUAACCUAGCCAACACAGCCCGUUGUUGGACCUACCUGACUGGGGCCGUACUGAGACAAACACUGGCCUCUGAGAUACCUGACCAUGAGUUCUUCACAGAGUACGGUCCUGAUUACUCUCUGGAGAUCAGUCCCAGCUGUCGACCGGACCGCAAUGAGACCAAACAGCUGGACAAGGUCAUCUCCACCAUCAAAGGGAAUUUGAAGAAUGUGGUUUAAGAGCGGAGUCUCAUGUUUCCAAUCAGGGCCUCCUGGGGUAAUGAACACACACACCAGGCUGAUGAAGACCGUAUGUUGGAGCUCCAUCCUUUGCCAACGGGGAGGAGAGGGAGAUGUUGGAGUGUGAGGGAGGAGGGGGGGGGGCAAGAGAAGUGUGGAAAAACAUGACUUGAAUGUUUCCAGGGGGAUGUUUUAUUGUAGGGGACGAGGAGGAGGGUAGGGUGCUGAUGUUGCCGGUUUGCUGUUUCCGUUUUGUCUUUGUAUAGUUAUUUUUUUUUAACUGUGGGGAGGAGAUUCUGGUUCGACUAGCCAUGGACCAGACUGAGAAUAUCUGCUCUAAAAAUGGCUUCCAGGGCCCGUAUACCCAAAGGGUCUGAGUAUGAAUGCUGAUCUAGGAUCAGAAUUUGAAGAUGAUUUUAGCCUUUUAGAUCAUAAUGAAUAAGAUUGCAUGGCCCAGAAUUCCUACCUUUGUUAUAUUUUGCUUCUGAAUUUUAAGUUUAGAACCUGGGCUAUUGGUGGGUUGUAAUAUUAGACUUAAAUGUGUACAUAUUUAGGCGAGGGAAACAUUUAGGAUGGGCUAUGUUAAGAUUUGUGCUAAACGAGUAAAGCAGACAUGUCGGGGGCUCGUGUUACCUCUUUAGCUGCUUCCCUGGUGCUGUAUGUUCAUGCCUCCCUGGGGUGAGUUUCCCAAAAACAAAGAUAAUCUUACACCCCAUAUAGAGUAUCCUGACAAGAACUUUGAUGUUUUAUGAUCUUAGUGCUACAGAUGAUCUUCACUACAUGAGUGCAGUACUUUUCGAGAGCUUUAUAUGGGCAUUUUUCUUAACUGAACAAAAAUAAGCGCAACUAUUUCAAAGAUUUUACUGAGAUACAGUUCAUAUAAGGAAAUCAGUCAAUUUAAAUAAAUUGGACCCUAAUCUAUGGAUUUCACAUGACUGAGCAGGGGCGCAGCCAUGGGAGGGCAUUGGCCCACCCUUCUUGGGAGCCAGGCCCUGCCAAUCAGAAUGAGUUUUUCCCCACAAAAGGGCUUUAUUACAGACAGAAAUAAUCCUCAAUUUCAUCAGCUGUCUGGUUGGCUGGUGUCAGACGCUGAAGAAGUCUUAUGUGGAGGUCCUGGCAUGGUUACAAGGUCCACGGUUGUGAGGCAGGUUGGCUCUACUGCCAAAUCCUCUAAAUUGACGGUAGUCGGCUUAUGGUAGAGAAAUGAACAUCCAAUUCUCUGACAACAGCUCUGGUGGACAUUCCUGCAGCCAGCAUGCCAAUUGCAUGCUCCCUCAACUUGAGACAUCUGUGGCAUUGUUGCGUGACAAAACUGCACAUUUUGGUGGCCUUUUAUUUUCCCCAGCACAAGGUGAACCUGUGUAAUGAUCAUGCGGUUUAAUUAGCUUCUUGGUAUGCCACACCUGUCAGGUGGAUGGAAUAUUUUGGCUAAGUAGAAAUGCUCAGUAACAGGGAUGUAAAACAAAUUUGUACACAAAAUCUGAGAGAAAAGCUUUUUGUGCGUAUGGAUCAUUUCUGGGACCUUUUAUAUCAGCUCAUGAAACAUGGGACCAACACAUGUUUAUUUUUGUUCAGUAUAUAUUGUACAGACUGUGUUUUUAAGUGGCAUGUCAAUGAUCUGAUCUCUUGUCUAAUGAAAUCUUUUACGCAAAAGCAUCGGGCAAAUUUGAUUUCAGUCCUGUUCAAACCGCAUGUUUUACUUUCAACUGUAAGUACAUUAGGAGUGUAGAACAGUUUUUUAUAAUUUUGCUUUUGGUUUCACAAAAGUACAACUUUUUUUUAUGGUUCACCUUUGCCUUCUAUAUGGUGUAAAUAACAUUUUUUUUUUAAAUACAAACUGA